AUGGCUUCGGCCGAAGAUAUGACAGUGGGUCUCGGACAGCAAAACCCGAUGAUUUCGCAAGGUGAAGCCAAGCCAAAUCCACAUUGCGCAUUUCUUGGCGCUGCAAAGAAGUCGGCGUAUUUCCGGACAAUGGCAGGUGUAUCUGGCUAUGCGAAUAGACACCCACAAUUAGUUUCUAUGGCCGUGCCAGCACCAUAUGUCACCUUUCGUUCGACUAUGGCGUCAGACAGUCAAGUCGCCAGGCAACAGUAUGCGUGUGCUAUAUGUGUUCAACGCAAAGUCAAAUGUGACAAGCGUCAGCCAUGCUGUUCUGCUUGCUCCCGCUCCUCGCUGCCUUGCAGAUAUCGCAGUUCACCUCCAUCACAACGUCGCAAGAGGAAAGCGUUUUCUGCUGUUACCGAAAGUGUUGGCAGCAGCCGACACGACCCUCACAACCAUGCUACUCAUCAUCAUCAAAAUAGUCUGAACCAAGCAUUGUUGGACAGAUUGAGGGCUCAUGAAACAACAAUGCGAAAUGCAGGAAUAUCAUUCCAGAGUUUUACGAGUGAUCUCAAUCAUCCUCACCCUCCUGAUAACCAUCCACAUCAUCUUGAAGGUGGUCAACACAACGAGGAAAAUGAUGUGAACGCUCAAAGCAGCACGCAACAACAACACAUACCAAACAAACCAGCCAUACCAAUGCAGGUAAAGACAAAUACUUCUCGAUCUCAUGCACUUCGGCUUCAUCGGGGAACUUUAAUCCCCGAGUAUGGAGGAAAGCGGUACUACGACCAUGGAUUUAUUGGAAUUAUGGGCCAAGAAUAUAGGCAAAGCUUGACCAAUCAGCCCAAGCUACAAAGAUCGACAAGUGGCAGGCCUCUCUCAAUGCAGACAGAAGCAACUUCAGAUCUACUAGCGGUUUCUGUUCUGACUAAUAUGCCGUCAUCAGCUGCAUCCAUGCAUACGCCAAGUCAUGAACAUCGGUUAUUUCUGUCAGGCGCCGACAAAGUGAGAUACUGGGAUAUAUUUAUGGAGAAUGUUCAUCCUUUAACAAAGAUUGUUCAUGCACCGAGCAUGUGGCAGCUUAUAUUUGAUGAAGAUUCUAGUAUACCUAAUAAUAUGACGGGCAGUAACAAAGCCGAUGCUCUCCUGUAUGCUAUAUGUGCAUGCGCUGUUUCGUCUCUAGCAGCCACUGAAUGUGAAAGAGUGUUCAAGAGCAACCAGCUUGAGCUACUUAAUAAUUUUCAGUCUGUGGCAAGAAAUAUCCUAUUUGAGUCAUGUUUCCUCAAGGUUCCAGACCUUGACUUACUGCGGGCACAUGUGCUCUUGCUGACAUCAAUGCUACACAACUCAGAAGCUUAUCCACUAUGGACGUUGAUGGGAACUACAAUUCGUCUCGCCCAAUCCCAAGGUCUUCAUCGCGAUGGCACAAAUUUAGGUCUCUCGUUAUUUGAAGUUGAGAUGCGUCGUCGUCUUUGGUGGUACAUUGUAACCCUGGACGCACGACUGACGGAGAUCAUAGGAGGCGAAAGCUCGUUACCAAAAUCCAUGGAUGCUUUAUUGCCGUCCAACCUCAGCGACGAUGACUUGAGCCCAACAAUGACAUGUUAUCCUCAUAUCCAUACAGGAGCAUCUGAGAUGACAUUUUGUUUGGUUCGCUACGAGAUUGCCCGCUUCCAGUGCGAACGCGAAUCCUCUCGAUCAGACCAUCUUUCAACACCGUCACGAGCAACCCACCCCAGAAUAGACGGGGGAGAGCGUGGUGGCUUUUCUGGGUUAGAAAGUGUUUUGGAGCAAAAGUAUCUCCGUUUCUGUGACCCUGUGAUCCCGCUACAACUUUUGGCGACUACCACCGCACGCUCCACGCUCUGUAAACUAAAACAAAUGGCUAUCCACAGCAUAAACCGCUCGACCCCGGAGGAAGGCCAUGCGCUACAGCACCCGGUAGAUACUGAAGAGAAUUACCGAAAGACAUUUAGUCUUGCUGUUCGAAAUGUCCGGUACGACAACCUUAUUCAUUCAACUAGAUCUCAGGGUAAAUAUCUUUGGUUUGUCAACUUUCACAUCCCAUGGGGUGGGCCAGUUUAUGUGCUCAAAGCUCUCGCCUACCGCCCUGAGUGGGACAGCGACAUGGAAGCAGCCUGGGAGCAGAUUGAGGAGCUUUAUGAUCACCAUCCCGAGUAUCUUGAGAAUGACAAAGAUAUAUACCACAUUCUUCGCGGGCUGACGCUGAAAGCCUGGUUUGCAAGAGAAGGUGCUUUAAAAGCAAAAGGAUUAUCAGUGCUUUCAGAGGUCCAGAACCCUGCCUUCGUCACAGCUAUUAAGGCAAGAGAUUCUAAACAUGGACAGCCACCACCACUUGGCAGUAAUAGAGGAAUCCCACCCCAUCAACGAACAAUUGAUCCUGCAUCAGUCACGAGUGGCUUAGAUGAUAUCUCAUCCGCCGACAUCGAACUGCUGGACCCCUUAUUUGCCUCGAGUGAAUGGGCUAACUGGUCUGUUUAUUGA